AUGCAGCACCCCCUCAUGGCACCAGUCUACCUCCCCGGCACCGAGCCGUACCCGCCCGGCACGACCGAGGAGGAGAAGCAGAACUUUCGCGACCAGGUCAAGUGGGGCAAGUGGAUGAACACGGCCAUGGAGAGCUGUCCGUUGAAGGUGGUCAUGGCGGGUGGUGCAGGCUUCGCAUUCGGUGGUUUCGUCUCCCUCAUGUCCGCGACCUUUGCGUACGAGGACCCGCUGUCCCGCGCGUCGCAGCACGUGACGGGCACGCGCGCGCAGACAGUCUACAUGUUCAAGGAGAUGGGCAAGAACAUGUACAGCCAGGGAAAGGGGUUCGCCAAGGUCGGCGCGCUGUACUCUGGCAUCGAGUGCUGUAUCGAGGGGUACCGCGCAAAGAACGACAUCUACAACGGCCUCUCGGCAGGCUUCGUGUCCGGCGCCAUCCUCGCGCGCAACGCCGGCCCGAUGGCCAUGCUGGGCGGCGGGGCGGCCUUCGCAGCGUUUUCCGGCGCGAUCGACCUGUACCUCCGCAAGGCGCCCUCUGAGGAGCCCUAG